CUCAGCCUCCCGAGUAGCUGGGACUACAGGCGCCCGCCACAACGCCCGGCUAUUUUUUGGUUGCAGUUUGGCCUGGGCUGGGUUUGAACCCGCCACCCUCGGUAUAUGGGGCCGGUGCCCUGCUCACUGAGCCACAGGUGCCGCACUGCCCUGUAUUAUUUUUAAAAAUCAGUAUCAUCUAUUUUUUAAAACAAAAGGUAGAUUUUUAGCUCUUGUCAAUCUAGUGGUUUGAAAUCAGCCCAGAGAGAGGGGAAGCUGCACUGAGUGUGGCUCUCUACAGAUCAGAAUUGGCCUGUCACAUUUGGAUUCCUAGAAUCUCUAGUAAAAUUCAUAAGGAGAAGAGAAAACGACUUCACAGAUACUACGCUGAGACUCUGGAGCCACCUGAUGCAGAGAAACCCGGGCCCUGAAAACGUCUGUUUGUAUCUCCUCCAGGAAUUUAGGCUGAAAAGACGGAGGUCUCUGAAAGAGAUUGAAAGCAUAAGCAAAAGAUGAAUUUGGCUGAGAUUUGUGACAAUGCAAAGAAAGGAAGAGAAUAUGCACUUCUUGGAAAUUACGACUCAUCAAUGGUUUAUUACCAGGGGGUGAUACAGCAGAUUCAGAGGCACUGCCAGUCAGUCAGAGAUCCAGCUGUCAAAGGCAAAUGGCAACAGGUUCGGCAGGAAUUGUUGGAAGAAUACGAACAAGUUAAAAGUAUUGUCAGCACUUUAGAAAGUUUUAAAAUCGACAAGCCCCCAGAUUUCCCUGUGUCCUGUCAAGAUGAACCGUUUAGAGAUCCUGCUGUCUGGCCACCCCCUGUUCCUGCAGAACACAGAGCUCCACCUCAGAUCAGGCGUUCCACUCGAGAAGUAAGACCUCUGAGGAAAGACAUGGCGGGAGUAGGAGGCCGGGGACCUGUAGGCCGAGCACACCCUAUAUCAAAGAGUGAAAAACCUUCUACAAGUAGGGACAAGGAUUAUAGAGCAAGAGGGAGAGAUGACAAGGGAAGGAAGAAUAUACAAGAUGGUGCAAGUGAUGGCGAAAUUCCAAAAUUUGAUGGUGCCGGAUAUGAUAAAGAUCUGAUAGAAGCCCUUGAGAGAGACAUUGUAUCCAGGAAUCCAAGCAUUCAUUGGGAUGACAUUGCAGAUCUGGAAGAAGCUAAGAAGUUGCUAAGGGAAGCUGUUGUUCUUCCAAUGUGGAUGCCUGACUUUUUCAAAGGAAUUAGAAGGCCAUGGAAGGGUGUACUGAUGGUUGGACCCCCAGGCACUGGUAAGACUAUGCUAGCUAAAGCUGUUGCCACUGAAUGUGGCACAACAUUUUUCAACGUUUCCUCUUCUACACUGACAUCUAAAUAUAGAGGUGAAUCUGAGAAGUUAGUCCGUCUAUUGUUUGAAAUGGCUAGAUUUUAUGCUCCUACCACAAUCUUCAUUGAUGAAAUAGAUUCUAUCUGCAGUCGAAGAGGAACCUCUGAUGAACAUGAGGCAAGUCGCAGAGUGAAGUCUGAACUACUCAUUCAGAUGGAUGGAGUUGGAGGAGCUUUAGAAAAUGAUGAUCCUUCCAAAAUGGUUAUGGUAUUGGCGGCUACUAAUUUUCCAUGGGACAUUGAUGAAGCUUUGCGAAGGAGAUUAGAAAAAAGGAUAUAUAUACCACUCCCAACAGCAAAAGGAAGAGCUGAGCUUCUGAAGAUCAAUCUUCGUGAGGUUGAAUUAGAUCCUGACAUCCAGCUGGAAGAUAUAGCAGAGAAGAUUGAGGGCUAUUCUGGUGCUGACAUAACUAAUGUUUGCAGGGAUGCCUCUUUAAUGGCAAUGAGACGACGAAUCAAUGGCUUAAGUCCAGAAGAGAUCCGUGCACUUUCUAAAGAAGAACUUCAGAUGCCUGUUACCAAAGGAGACUUUGAAUUGGCUCUUAAGAAAAUUGCUAAGUCUGUCUCUGCUGCAGACUUGGAGAAAUAUGAAAAAUGGAUGGUUGAAUUCGGAUCUGCCUGAAGUUCUGUCAGCUCUUUCAUUUCUAGUAUUAUUGUUUAUAAAAUGUGAAGAAAUUCCUGCAAUUGUU